AUGGCCUCCAUCUCCACUGGAAUAUCCCUGCAGUGGAGAUGGAGGCCAUCCCUGCAGCCAGCUGGAGGUGCUGAGCUCUUCCAGCAGCAGUGGUGGGCGAGGGCAGGGGGAGAGGAGAGCCCAGCUGGAGCUGCUCUGUGCCUCCAGGUGCAGCUGGAGGACAGGAACCAGGAGAUGCACCAGCCUGGAGACCCACAGGAGGAGAUGGGGAAGCUGCCUGGCUCCAGGACAGACUUCCCAGCCAGGAUGGUCCUCAGUGAAGAGGAAAAACUGAAGAUUUCCAAAGACCUCGUGGAUCUCCAGAUAGAGACAAACAAAAUGAAGGAGCGUUAUGAGAUGGAGAUUUUCCAGCUGAAAACUACGAUGCUGGCCCUGGAGAGGCGGGUGCAGGAGCUGGAGCAGGGCAGUGCCGGGCUCAGGGAGGAGCGGGAUUCCCUGCGGGAGCGCCUGCACGCCCUGGAGAGCAGCCGGCAGGAGCUGGGGGAGGAGUUCAUCAUCCUGAAGAGCAAUUACCUGGCCCUCGGCAGAGAGCUGGACAAGGAGGUGAUGAGGAAUGAGGAGCUGACCCAGGAGCUGCUCAGCCUGGCCAAAGAGAGCAGCGACCCCCCUGGCUUGGCCCAUCAAUCCUCCCCGGGGCUGGGAAGAGGGAGAGCAGCGGGACACCCCCGCUCUGCUCGGAGCAGGAAGCCCGAGGAUGCAGCUGCCUCUGAACACGAGCAGCAGGAGCUGGAAAGAAACUUGCUUGGAAACCAGGAUCACAUAAAAGUGGAGCUGGAAAAACUGAAGAAAACGCACGAUGAGCAGCAGCAGAAGCUGGAGGAGCGAGUGCUGGCGCUGGGGAAGGAGCUGCAGGAGGCGAAGGGAGCGAUCGGGGACAGCCGGCACGGGCUGGUGCAGCAAUCAGCGGUGCUGCUCACAUCCCAGGGCCAGCUCCAGGAGGUGGAGGCGGAGAACUCCCGGCUGCAGCUUCAGCUGAAGGAGCUGAACGAGGAAUAUCGCUCCCGGCUGGCGCAGUACAUCCGGGACCUGGCGAACUACAUGGACAGCAAACCCAGCAGCGUGACAGGACACAGCAGAGCCCCAGCUGGCCACGCUGCCAUGAAGAACUUUGUGGACAGCAUGCUCAGGGACAUCCGGGCUUCCUACAAGUCCCGGGAAGAGCAGCUGGCCCAGGCAGCCCGGGGGUACAAGAAACGCAUGAAGGACUUGGCCAAGAAGCACGAGAACCUGCUCAUUGCCUAUGGGCUGCAGCGGGAGCAGAUCCGGUCCCUGGGCAGCAGUGCCAUGGACUGUGGCCCUGCCGAGCUCCACUUGUCCGUCACAGACCCAGAGCUGCUGACAAACAGCUCCCGGGAGCUGAACCGGCUGCGGGAGGAAAAGGCAAAGCUGGAGAUGCAGCUCCAGGAGCUGCAGCAGAAAAGCCUGAAAGGAGCCCCCGCCUUUCCAGCACCUCCGGAGCAGCAGCUGGAUGAGGAGGGCUGGGCAGAGGUCAGGAAGAAGCUCCGGGAAUUCACACUCAACACCCAGGAGGACCUGGAGCAGCAGAGAAGCCAGCUGCUGACUCGGGCUGUGGUUGCAGAGGAGCAGGUGUCGGAGCUGCAGGGGUACAUUGAUCAGCACCUUGCCAGGUACAAGCAGGAGAUCCUGCGGCUGAGGAACGCUGAGGGCAGCGAGGUGCCCCCCGUGCCGGGUGCCAGGAGUGCCAGCCACGAGCCAGAGCAGCCCCAGCCUUGGGAACACCCCACUCCAAGGGAGGGCCAAACCGAUCCUGCACAGAGGUAAGUUGGAGAGGAUGGCAGAGCAAAGCGGAGCAGCAGCUGCUCCAUCUCCAGGACCAUCCAGCAGUUCAAAGACAAAGCAAAAACCUCAGAGGAACAAUCAACCAAAAUUUUAUUUUUAAAACUUAAAUUGAAAUAA